UAACAUCUAACUCGUGGUUCGGUCUCGUAACCUUUGUUUUCUUCAAUAGUUUUUUAUUUAUAUUAAACUGACAGUUUAUUUUCAUAAAUUUACCUUGUUAAAUAAAUAUAUGCUCCUGCAUAAAUUAAGUAGGUACUUUUAUUGAUAAAUGUCAUGAAUUUUAUACGUAUUAUGUAAACAAUUCUACAGUAGUUGACAUUUUUUGGAGGUUAAUAAAAAUUGAAGUUCAAUGAAAAAAUAUUGUUUUAAAUAUAUUGACAGUAAGAACAAUUUAUAAACAAUGUUUUGGCGGUGGGCAAGGUUUCGUUUACGAAAGUAUUUUAAACCAAUACCGGCUGCUUAUGCUCAAGAAAGAAAGCAUCAAUUAACAAAAAUUUAUGUUUUUGCUGCUUGGAAUCUAUUCGGGUUGACUCUUUAUUCUUUUGUUAGGAAAAACUUUCCUCCGACAGAAGCGGAAGAAAAAGAUACAAGUCGUUGGUUUGUUAGAUUAUUACAAUUAGAAAAUGUAAAACGACAUAGCAUGUCUGGAUUCUCGGUGCAGAUGGUGGAUUAUAUUGAAGAACCUGGAGAGUUAAUUGUAGAUGGACAGGUAGUAGUUAAAAAGAAAGAAUUAAACGAGGCAAUUUAUUCUAAGCUUGAAUAAAAAUUAUCAAUUUUUUAAUGUAAAUAGUUGAUAAUUAUAAUGUACAAUACUGUUUAAAAUUUUUAAAGUAAAUUUAUAAUACAAAAAUAAUUUUGUAUUUUUUUUUUACUGGUGUCGAAAGUGUAAAAUAAUUAUUGUAUUUACUAAAAACUAUCAACAAUUGUAAAUGGGAUAAA